UUCUAGGCGGCGGGAGGCCGGUUGGCUCUGUGGUCGGGCGAGUGGAGUCAGCUGCGAAGACGGGCCUGGCCCUGAAUGAGGAGAGUUUGGAGCUGGGCGGUUGCUCGGAGUGGUCGAUGGAAAGAGGGGGCCCGAGGCUCGGCGGGGACCGGGGAGAAAGGUGCUGAUGGACUCACGCUUUGUGGUCUCCAGACGCUGACAAGUGCACUUGAUUCUUUAAGACGCCAUUGGAUUGUGCAUAACCAGCCAGUGGCCUCCUCCUGGAAUGGCUCCGCAGUUCCGCAGUUAUGUCUGGGAUCCUGCCCUUAUCCUCUCCCAGAUCGUGCUCAUGCAGGCGGUUUACUACAGCUCGCUGGGGCUGUUGUUGGCUUUGGUGGACAGCCUAGUUCAAAACAGCCCUUCCCUCGACCAGAUUUUCAGUUAUGAGGUUUUGGGAUUCUCCACCUCCCUUGGGAGACUUGCCAUGAUGGCUUUUAUCCUGAAUGCACUCACCUGUGCCGUAGGCUUGCUGUAUUUCAUUCGGCGAGGAAAGCAGUGCUUGGAUUUCACAGUAACAGUCCACUUCUUCCACCUACUGGGCUGCUGGAUUUACAACGCGCACUUUCCAACUGCUUUAACGUGGUGGCUUGUACAUACUGUGUGCACGGCACUCAUGGCUGUGACUGGGGAAUACCUCUGUAUGCGAACGGAACUGAAGGAAAUCCCAUUAAAUUCAGCCCCCAAAUCCAACGUCUAGACUGUCAGAGGUACUGUCUCUCUCCGUCAGCUUCAGCAUCUUGGUGCUAACAUGUGGUGCAUGAGAAUGCAAUUAAAGAAACUCAACAGGUCUGUUUUGUCUUCUGAAAAACAUUGGCUGGAGAGCUGAGGUUUUGAGAUACAAGAUGUGGGCACAAGAUGAACAAAGCAGAAUCUGAGCAAUUCUUAUCACUCCUGUAGGCAUGUCCAUUUUGCUCAAGUAGCACAGACCAGAUUCAGUAUUGGGACAACAAACACAAAAAUAUAAGUGGAAAAUUGAGUACUUUUGUGAAUUAGCCCUGGAUUGUUGUGAUCAGAGCUGUCUUCCUCUGUAGUGUGGACACCAUCUGGAUAAUGGGCUUCAAGCAGAGCACAAUGAAAAUGUCAUAUUGCCUCCCCACCAACCCGUAAAUCUGACAACUGUUUUACUUCCAAUAGUCUUUUGAAUUUAAAAUCAAGGAGAUAUGACAAUGCAAGACGACAAGAUAUUGUAUUUCUCACUCAACUGCUGUGAAUCCAGGAAUAUUGACUAAAGACAAAGAGGAAAGCAACCAUAUUUAUUGGAUUGAAGAAACUAUUUUUUAAAAAUAAUAAAGACUGCAACUUUC